UGGUGAGGUUCUGCUUUACGCGUAGUGUAGUGCGGGAUUAAACAGCUCACCGUUGUCGGCUGCUGCUCGUUCGGGAACACCGUCGCCAACCGCUCCACGUUCACGGUUCACCGUCGCCGUUCACUACCAUUCGUUCGCCGCCGUUCACGCCAUGCCUGUCGCUGCCACUCGCUACCGGCCGCCACCGCCGGAUAAUCCCACGUCAUCCCCGGAGUCGCGAUGUCUCGCAUUCCGCCAUCUCAGUCCUGCCGCCGGCCGGCUCAGGUCGCCCAGCUUGAUCGAGGAUCAAAAACACAGAAGACCUUACCCGCUAGUGCUAGCCCGGUAGCCACUUUGCCCAUGGGCUCUUGUUCUGGUAAUCCACAGGACCCGGCACAGGCGGUCACCUUUCCAAGCAUGCAUACUCGUGCAUUGGGUAAGCUCCUUGUCGACGCCAAUCAGCUUUUGACAGCCGGCCAGUGACGAACGGUCAUAGCCAUGGGGUUUGGAGCGAUGCUUACUUUCCAGAUCACAGACACCCCAUUGCGCCUUGGCUAUUGGCUACUCUCAAAUUUGGACCUCCAGUCAAUGUUGUUGAAGUUGCCGAAUGGGCUAGCAAUUGAGGUGGAUGAGGAAGCUGUGGAGGUAGUGUUGGGGUUGCCACGGGGGACCAAAGUUAUCACCGAUCGCGCCAAGCACGAGAAAAGUGUCAUAUUGAAUAGUUGGCGUGAAUCGUUUGAAAAAGUUGACUACUCGAUCACUCCUACAGAUGUUGCCCAAAAGUUACAGAAAUAUCCCGAUGGUGGAGAAUGCUUUAUUCGGAACUACGCCAUACUUGUGGUUAGUACUGUUGUGCGAUGUAUGCAGAAUGGUUAUGUGUACCAACACGUGCUUCCCAACCUCGACGACACACUAGAAAUCGCCAAUCUAAAUUGGUGUCGAUAUGUGAUCCAUUCUCUUAUCUCAACUCUAACGGCCUGGAAGGCCGGGGAAACGCAGAGGUUCACUGGCCCCUUGGUGUUUUUAACGGUACUCUAUGUAGAUCGUGUUCGGGUUGGUGUAUGCACUGUCCCACGCACCCUGCCGUCUUUUGUGGGGUGGGAUUCCGAAUUAUUGAAACAGCGGGAAGAGACGGAGAUCACUACGGGGAGGUUUGGUCGUGGACCGAUUGUGGAGCUAAUGCGUCCGGAAAAAAAGGAUAUCAGGAUACGGGUGACCGACAAAGCACGUACGGUCGCUGAAAUGACCACCGACAAGUCUGAUGAUAACACCAAGCUUUGGGGCACUGCUAGAUCCCUUCUUGGGAUAAACCCUACCCUAGGCGUGCAUGCCCAUGUGCCACAACCAUCUGACUGGACCGACGGGGCCCAACACGAUGACGACUUCUACUCCAACCCAGACUUCUUGAAGGCGGUGGAGGAGAUAGAGCGUGCGGUUCACGACCGGAAUGCCCUCUCGAAUGGGGCGUCAGUUACCUUGGGGGUCGAUCACGGUGCGGGUUCUUCACAUGUGCGCCACAACACCCACAAUGUUACUUUGGUUGAGCGUGCAUCGGUAAUUAGAACACGGUCCGCAGCCAAAGACUUCAGCGCUCACCCAUCUGCACUACCAACAUCGGGUGCCACACAUAGCCGGACACACCCCCCUGUUCAUGAUGAUUGCGUUACAACCGCCCCACAGGUCCUUUCAUCGGUGAUAGAAGUCCCCACAUCUGCCACUAUGCACCUCACGGGUAGUGCCCCGCUAAGAGCGCCAGAAACACCGCAGGAAGUAAAUCAUCCCCCAACUCCAGUUCUCACCAAGCGUACACACCAUGUUGACCCGGUGGAAGAGAUGCAACAUGCGGUUCACGACCCGGAUGCCUUCUUUGAUGUGCCAUCAUUUAGCUUAGGGUUAACACAGGAUGCUGGCAACUCACUCGUGCGCCAGACGACACCCUUUGGUACUUCACAACAGCGUCCCUCGGUAAUUACAACACGGUCAGCGGCCAAACACAACGCCUGCAAACCAUUUGCACAAACAAGCCCUGGUGAUCCACCCAGCCUCACACACCUCUCCGUUCCUGACGAUGGGGUAACCACCACCCCACAGGUAUUCAAAACUGUAUGGAUGGAUUCGUUGGGAACACCUAGUGUAUUCAAGUUGCUACUAACACUCGUUUUGCAAGUCGUAGUGAUGGUCCCAAGACCGCCAACGUCAACUACCAGUUAUCACACGGGUCAUGCACCGCUAAAACCACUAAAACCAUUGCGAGAGGGAAAGCAUCCUCUUACUCCAGUGGUCACGAAGCUUUCACACCGUGUGGCCCAGGUGGGGGGCCGCCCGACGUGGAUUGUACCUGGUCAGACUUAUGUGUAUCGCUGGGUUGUCGACAACAACAACAGCAGGGAUGAGGAGUUAUUCCGCUAUAACGACUACAAGGCAUCAUGGGGGGGUAUUGCUACUUUGCAAGAGGGGUCUAAGGUUUCGUAUAAAGUAGUGGAUGCUUGGGCGUGUGUGCUAAACUACCAAGAGCUUACCAAAGGUGUUGGGGUGCCUAACAGGUUUUUUGCAUCCACGAAAAUAGCGCUUCAAUCAGCGGUUAACCACACAGCUCUUCGGUCCCUCCGCCUGGGGUGGUUCACCAAAAACCUUGAAGCGGACUUUAACAACUCAGCCCAUGAAACUUGGCGUGAGAUUCAAAUCUAUAUUUUCCCAAUUCUGAAAUUAGGGCAUUUCUACAUGAUUAGUGUGGACACGGUUGCCAAAAAGGUAGACAUUAUCGAUAGCUCAUCGGCUGCUAAAAAGAAAGGCGAGAUGUAUGGCCAAACUCCUGCCCAAUUGGUAGAUCUACUUUCUACCUUCUUGGAUGAUAAACUUCUAAUCGAAAUUGGAGCACAGAUCAGGGAUAUCAAACCCAAAAGAAUGCAAAUGUCGUGGCGCGUUGCUAAAAACGAAGUAGACUCAGCAAUGUACACUAUGCGCCACAUGGAGUCGUACUGUGGGCAAGGGGUCGCAAACUGGAAUGUAGGAUUGCAGCGAGGGAACUACAGGCAACUACGUGUUCUGCGCGAGUACUUCAUGAGAGAACUCCUGAUGAGUGACAUCAACAUUCACCAGAAUAGCAACAUCAAGCGUGCGCUUAACUUUGCAAAUGGGCUCGCAAGGAACACGCAAAUAUCGUUUAAUUUAACUGUGUUGUGUGUUGCUAAGACAGUGAUGUUAGUUUAGUACUAUAAUAAUCCACGGGCGUAGCACCCCGAACAAACAUGAUACUCUAUGUUUCUUAUGUGGUACUCUCUAGGCGUGGAGUCAAUAGUGGGAUACUAGAGUUUUCGUGUUUCAGUAUGUUGAUUUAAUUUAAUAACUAUGCGUGUGGCAGUAAAACUAGCUGCACCACUCGCUGGGGGAACAGA